GGAAUAAACACCGCUUAAAAUUUGAAUCGGUUUUUGGAUCCGGUCCAAAAAUCCACAGGCAUCCAUCUCAUCUGCUCCAUAUUUUUCUUAGUUUUGUUGUAACUCUAAUAGUAUUGCGUUAUGGGAAAAAAACACUGAUUUAACAGUGAUUACACAAAAAACCUCGAACAUCCAUAAUCUCCAAAAAUGCUGUCUCCCGGAGAGAUCGAAGACCCCCAAAUCACCAGCGAGCAAUUGCUCUCGCUCAAAUCCGACCUGAAAAUCAUCGGAAUGCUUGAGGAACUGUCAAACAAGCAUUGCCCAGCUCCUUUCAAAGACAUAGAGGCUGGGGGAAAGAUCUCCAAAUGCAACGACACCUCUCUGAAGCUAAGAGAGGAAGGUGCCAAGAUGCUCAGGCAGAAAAAGUACCAAAAAGCUAUUCUGGCUUUCACCGAAAGCAUCGCCAAUGCUGAACCUGGUAGCGAGUACCUCGGGUUGGCUUAUGGGGGAAGAUCUGAGGUGCUUUUCGAGAGAGGGUACUACAAGGAAUGUUUGAGGGACAUUCAGAGAGCAAAAGAAAACAAUUAUCCCGCAGAAAUGAUUGGAAAACUCGAAGAUCGUAAAGCACAAGCUGAACACAACCUCCCCAACCAAGAAACCCAAAAAUACCAUGAAAAUCUCCCCAAUAUUCCCAACAUCAACCCUAAAAUACCCUGCGCAUCCGACUCCAUAGAAAUCCAAUCAAAUUCAGAGUCAGGAAAACAGGUGGUUGCCAUCAAAGACAUACCAGCAGGUGAAAUAAUCGCUAUAGAACAACCCUACGUGGUUGCAGUUGGUAUUGGACCUUCCCAAAAGUACCUACAUUGCCACGAAUGCCUUGAACUGUGCUACAACCUCAUCCCAUGUCAAAAAUGUCGUACCGCACUAUAUUGUAGCGAAGAAUGUCAGUCCAGAGCCUUCGAAGAGUACCAUUACAGUGAGUGUGAUCUUUGCCAAUACGAUUUCAUUGAACAAAUAAGCGUUAAAACCGUUCUAAGAGGUGUUAAAGAGAGUGCUUCAAACGGUACUCAGUUUGAUGGUACGGUAUAUCGUUCAGAUAGGUUUGAGGAAGUGCAAGAGAUAGAAACAAACAAGGAGAAGCGGACAGUAAGGGAGUUUUUUGAAGCUGCAAACGAGGCAUGUAUCUACACGUAUUUUUUGAAGAAAUACUCUGAUUUUUUUACCAAAACCGGACUAAGCGAGGAAAGAUUGAAGGAAUUACUGUUCCAUCAGUACCUUAGUACGAGUUCUUCGAAAAUUUCAGUGGAGAAAACCAAGAAAUCGUCUGUAAACACCGAGUUUCAUGUUAUGGGAGAUGCUUUAUACCCUUUUGCCAGUCUUUUGAAACAUGAUUGUUAUGCCAAUCUUACUACAUCGUUUUUUGGAUCGUCUCUUGUACUCAGGGCUGCGAAAGAUAUCAAAAAAGGUGAAUCGUGUUCUUUAACGUACCGGAACUACAAUUUUGCGGAGUUUCCCAAGGUGGUACGCACCCACCAGCUGUGGCAAAACUUCCAUUUCAACUGUAAGUGCGACGCUUGCGAGAAUAAUUGGCCAAUUUUCGAUUGCUUGAACCCAGGAAACACUGAGCAGUACCUCAAGUUGGUGGAGACGGUCCAGAAGGCUCUGGAAAGUCCCUCGGGAGAUGCUAGUGGGUUGCUGAAGACCGUGACUAAGAAAGUUAGAGCUCUGUCCAGCGGUGAACCAACUAAAGUUGAUGUUAAUAUUAAGAGAAUAUUUUGUGAUCUGCUUAAAAUGCCUGGUAAUAAAAUUCUUGAAUUUUAUUUAUAA